UUGCAACACUGCAGAACUGCUAAGAUGCUCCACCUCUAAGUCAAAUAGCCAACAAAUAGACUCCUAGCCAUUUGGAAUCCUGCGCAUAUUUAAACAUAUAUAUGUAAGACGCGAAAUGGAACUCUGUGCGGAUCUGAAUGGGUUUGAUGAGGACUCCAUCGAACCCUGCAGGACAUGCGGAAUUUAUUUUACUAUGGGCAUGGAGUUGGACCAGGCGAUUGUGAAACCAAUUUUUGGCUUGCAUGACGCCGCCGUCGGAAAUAUGGAGGAUAUUCUCGAGCAGUUGAGUGCUUGGAACGUCAAGAUUGCGAGGGAGGACGGACGGCCGCAGUACAUGUGUAUCGCCUGCAUUGCCGAGUUUAACCGGUUGCUAAAGUUCAAGCGAAGCUGCCUAGAGACGCAGGAGCAGUUCGGCGAACUGGAGUACCAGCGCGAGCACAAUGGAAUCAUAAUUAAGAGGGAAAUCGAGCCGGAGGAAGAGAAGUUCUGCGGAUUCAUAUACCUAGACACAGACGAAGAGGAGAUCAGCGACGAGGAUGGGAGCAGACGUGUGUGCGCCGCUUUCGACAUACCACACGUGCCCAUAAAGGAGGAGCACAUGGCCCGCGUACCAGAACAAAGCAGCGCGCUUUUCCAGCCACCAAGACCCAAAGAACUUGACAUGCCGCCGGUCGAGUCCGGCUUUAACAUGAUAGACAACGACAUGUCAACUGUCAGCUUUUUCACACCGUCCAGCGAGGAUGCAUCAGGCACUGCUGACGAUGGGGAUCAAGAGGAGGAGGAUGAGAUAAUUAGAUUUACAUACGACGAUGAUGGUGAUUCCGUGGCUCAACCACCGGCACCUGCUUUCUCGCCGGUCGUGUCCUGCAAGCUUUGCCUUUACGAUUCACCCAACCAGGAGGCGCAUCUGGACCACAUGAGACGCACUCAUCUCCUCAAAGACUGGGAGUGCCACAUCUGCGCUAAAAAGUUUACUAACGCCCCGGAGUCCCGAAUCAAGUUCCACAUGAAGUAUCACAAGCUGCAACGGCACAUUAAGUGUCCCGUCUGCGGGUUUAUUUGCAACUCGAAGGAGACCCUCAAGGAGCACAAACAGGCAAUGCACACGCGCACCAAGUGCACCUACUGCGGCAAAACUAUGAAAAGUACGGUGCUACAUGCACAUUUGAAAAAGCAUUUACAGGAGGGCGAGGCUGAACUUGCCCUGAAGCUCAAAUUACAGAAUGAUUUCCCUUCUUCAAUGGCUUCCCCAUCACUUUUUAUUGGCGCCGAGGCGACAGCUCCUUUAGAGACCCCGUCCACAAGUGGGACUUCCGGUCCUAUGGACUCCACUCUUCCUCAGAACUCCACUCUUUCCGAAGACUGCAAUGUUUCUGAGAAUACUACCGCUCCCAAGGACACCAUUGUUCCUGAUGUCUCUACUGCUUCCGAGGACACUAUUAUUUCUGAAGCCUUCUCAAAAGAUAUUUUGUAUCCGAUGGACCCACCAGCACGGGUUAAUUUUCCUAUUUCAGCCUCUUCUUCGCCGUCAGUGUCGACUGUAAUUCAGUGCGCUUACUGCAGCGAUACCUUUGAGGAGGUCCAGCAGCUGCAGGCUCAUGUGCUGGCCACCCACAGGUCAGCAAGGAAAAGGCCUCGAUCUCCAGAAAACACUUCACCCAUUCCAAUGGAAAGCGCCGGGAACGAAGAAAGCCAGCCCCAAGAAGAAAGCUUUGCCAAAAAAAACUGCACCGCCCAGCAAGAGAGCAGAACUGAAGAGAGCCUCAAUGGCAGCUCUUCUGCCGAGCAGGUGCCGGAAAAAUCCUACUACUCAUGUCAGAUCUGCGGAAAGCUCUUUGACUUAAAAAUUAAGCUUAAUCGUCAUCUCAAGCAGCAUAAAAAGUUACCAAUGGGAGACAUUUAGUUCGCAGCAUUUAUAAUAUAAGGCUUUUGUUAAAUUUUCAAUUCGUUUCGCUGAAAAAUGUAUUAUGUUGGCUUUUUUUAAUGAUUUAAGUUAGUCAUUUGUUUUUGGCCUAUUGAAAAGUUUACUUUAAAUUCUUGUUCAUUUCAUUUUUAGUUUAAAACUUAUAGUGAAAAACUCAUGUUCGUAAUCAACGUUCAAUAAAAGCAAAAUAACUUAGCAGA